AUGCUCACUCGCCCAGGAACUUUAAUAGAGUUAAAGAUUCAAGAUAUUAACGAUUUAAAGGAGAGAAUUCAAAAAAAAGCAAAACAAUUACAAGAAAGUGAGGAUUUGAAUGCCAUUCAAAGUAAUCUCAAUCCAAACUCUCAGGAAAAUAACUCACGAAUCCUAACUUCCCAACAAUCUAAUAGUAUCUCAUCAAACAAUAAUAUUGUUCAUAAUUAA